CCGAAUACUACUCGUAGCCCGAAAUUUUUCGUUCUGGUGAUUUUCUUGGCGAGUCAUACCAUCCUUUCCGUGCGGAGAAUUUUGCGUUUCGUUUCGAAACGAAAGUAAAGAGCGAAAAAAAUAGUGUGCUGUGAUGCUAAAGAACGCGGUAACUCUGGUGACUGGUGGCGCCUCCGGCCUGGGCCGUGCAACGGUGGAACGCUUCGCACGGACUGGAAGUAAAGUCCUGCUGUGUGAUUUGCCCACUUCCAAGGGUGGCGAUGUCGCGAAGGAGCUGGGCGACAAUGUUGUCUUCGUUCCGGUCGACGUACUCUCCGAGACGGAUGUCACCGGCGCGCUGGAGGUGGCCAAGAGCAAAUUCGGUCGGCUGGAUGUCGCGGUGAACUGCGCGGGCAUUGCGGUCGCCAUUAAAACCUACAACUUCAACAAGAAGGUGGCCCACAGCCUGGAGGAUUUUCAGCGCGUUCUGCUGGUCAACACGGCUGGAUCGUUCAAUGUGAUCCGUCUGUCGGCGGGACUGAUCGGCGAGAACGAACCCAACAAGGACGGACAGCGAGGUGUGAUCGUGAAUACCGCAUCGGUUGCGGCGUUCGAUGGACAAAUCGGUCAGGCCGCCUACGCGGCCUCCAAAGCAGCCGUUGUUGGAAUGACGCUCCCGAUCGCUAGGGAUCUCAGCACGCAAGGGAUUCGUAUCUGCACCGUUGCCCCAGGGCUGUUUAACACUCCGAUGUUGCAGGCUUUGCCGGAGAAAGUUCGUGCCUUCCUGGCGAAAACUGUGCCGUUUCCACAGCGGCUCGGAGAUCCGUCGGAGUACGCGCAGCUGGUGGAAUCGAUCGUUGAAAAUCCGAUGCUCAACGGGGAGGUUAUCCGGCUGGACGGAGCACUGCGUAUGAUGCCUUAGGCAACUUAGUCUUUGACGAGACUAUGUAAAUCGCGAAAAUCAGUUAUGCAUUUAUAAGAGAGGGGACACUCGUAAAACGAUGUGACCUUUUAUUGUGGACACCACGCGAAACGUGUUUAUAUAUUUUCAACCUCAGGAUGUUAUUUUUGGAAUAAAGUUUUUCAAUGGUGUGUUUUCAACAAAAAUAAG